GGUGUGGGUGUGGGGGUGGGUGUGGGGGUGGGUGUGGGUGUGGGUGUGGGUGUGGGUGUGGGUGUGGGUGUGGGUGUGGGUGUGGGUGUGGGUGUGGGUGUGGGUGUGGGUGUGGGUAUGAGUAUGAGUGUGGGUUUGGGUUUUUGGAUGUGAUCACGUCACAGAUACACCCACACCCUUUUUUGCCUUUAUUUUCACUUCAACCAUAGUCUCACUCACUGCAUGUAAUACAAUUCCAUUUUCAUAUUCAAUAUCCUAAACUUGAUUUAGGAGUAAAACAUUUUCAUUUUCUAGAUACAGCUUUGUAAUAAAUAUGAUGAAAAGCGACUCCACGCGCCCUCUAUUUAACUUCGAAUAUUUUUUCUUUUACUCGAAUUUUUCAUUGGUGCCGUAACGUGACUAUUAAUUAUCGGAAGUAAGUUGUGCAAGAACAUGGCUACUUACGAGUAAUGGUAUAUUGUCAGACCCCAUUGACUCACUCCUUUAUUGGCAGAUUCUGACUUCACUUAUGCACUUCGUACAUGGUGUUUUCCCAACAGCUUUUAUUGUAUAGUUCAGGUACCAAAAACUCUAAAUUUAAUGUAGAAUUGAGUGGUAUAGUUCAUUUUACUCGGAAACACCUGUAAACUUGACAUUUAGGUCGAAAACAUUUAAUUUGUGUCUCCCUCUUUAGUUAUCCAAUUGCCAUUUAGAUAACAUUGGGAUGAACAAAGAAAGCGAAAAAAACAGCAUCUUCUAUCAUUUUGAUUCACACGUGUUCUUUAGAAUGUGAUUAUGAUGAUCAUGCGGAAUAUGAUCAUGAAAUAGAAAAUACGGUACUUCUUCAGAUCGACGACACCCUCUCGUAUUGGUUGAACGAUAAACAGGAAAGGAAUAUUUUCCUUUCCUGUUUAUUGUUCAACCAAUACGAGAAUGUGUCGUUGAUCUGAAGAAGUACCGAAAAUACAAAAUAUUUCAAUGAUUAGAAUGAUCGUAAAGAUAAUUAUUAUGAUAACGAUACACUUCAAUUUAUUUACGGUAAUAAAGUAAAAAUUGACUAUAUUCUUUUUUUAUUUUUAUUCCUUUCUUAAACUUUAAUUUAGUGAUAUAGCGUGAUGUUAGUUUCAUUAGUUCAACAAAAAUUUUGUGCAAAAAUGAUGAUGAAAGUCAAUCAAAUCUUAUAAAUAUAUCGAUUGGUAUUGAACUUUUUUCCUUUUUUUUUAACAAUUAUUUUUCUAUGCUAUAUUUGUAUAAAUUAAUACGUAAACAGAUAUUUUUGUGACAUACACAUUUUUUUGUUUUACAUUUAUUUUGUUGUAAUAAUAAAAUGAACUAUGUGCUCUUCAAGUUAAUGUAAAAAAAUAGUGGUAAUUUUCAUUGCCACUAAAGAAAUGAUCUCUUUCUGAAUUCAUACAGCUUCUUCACAUUCAAAUCAGACAAAAUAUACUGGUCAUAGGUCAAGAUUUUAAAAACACGGAUAAAUAAAAGCUUUGAAAAAAAAUGUGGUGAGUGAUGCAUAUCCAUACAUCGUCAGGUCCGUUUCUCUGAGAAUUAGCCUCUCGCAAGAUGCAUUUUUAGUAAAAUGAUAGAUCCGAGAAAUGAACUUAUUACAGUAAAGUUUGAUUUCAUAUCCAUGAACAUAUAAUAUAAAAAUUUGAAGAAAAUAUUCAUUCGGAAAAUAUGAUCAAUAGAUGUCACCGGUGAGAAGUGCAUCUGCUAUUAAUUGCUCGAAAUAAACGAGUUAGCACCUACUUGACAACAUACCAAAUGUUAUUUUUAUCGUUUGAGCUAAUCUAAUAUUAUUACUUAUUAUUUGAAUUUAUAAAUUGUUGUUAUUUGUUAUCUGAACUUUUCUACUGUUAUAUUUGAAUUUGAAUUUGAAUUUAUGUAUUAGUACUACUGUUCUGGUUAUUAUCUUUACUGUGUUUUUCAAUAAACUAUAUUAUUUUCAAAUAGUCAUUUUUUCUUAAAAAUAGAAUUCACAAUUAUAAGUAACGUACAAUUUGUUUCACCUCUCCGAAAUUCGUAACACCUUUUUAGAUCAGAUGAACAAAAAACAAAUUGAAUUAUUCGAUUUUUGGAAUAAAAGUCGAAACUCAUCAUCAGCAACAACAACAAAUGCUUCUUUAUCAUGUGAAAAUCAAAAAGAAAUUCCUUCUACCCCAUCAGAUACAAGCGAUUCUAUUCCUUUAUUUAUACUUGAUGAACCAGUAAAUGAAGUUGAAAUAGUUUCAACUGAAUCUCGAUGUUUAUCAUCAAAUAUUCCUGAAAAUCAGCAAGUGUCUUCUUUGAUUGAAAAUGAAGAUUCUAACAAGCUACAGACAAACAAAAAACCAAGUACUCCAAAUUGUCGUAAUUAUCUUUCUUCUUGGUAA